AUUAACUAAACAAUAAAACGGAAACGACUAAACUUUGGGGGGUAUCUCUCUCAUAUCUUACUUUGAGAAUCAUUACAAUCUCCCGUCUUUCUCAGUCCAGAUUGCUGUUCUUGUAUUAGAUGAUUCAAUCGAUGGCUAGUUCAUCUGAUAUUCUAUAACAUAUUUGUCUCAAUCUUUUUUCCUGCCGAUGAAAAACUCGCAUCUCUGCUUCAAUUAAGGUUUAAUUUUUAUCACAAGCUUGCACCUUACAUGUCCUGUUUCUUGAUAGCUUCUUGAUACCGCGAUUAGAAAUCUGAACCAUAAAAAUCAGGGUUUUCCCUCUUUAUACUUCAAAGAGAAAUGGUUUUCGGCUUGUUGUGAUCCAAUUUCGUAAGAAGAUGGGUUUUAGUACAACAAUUGGAGUGCGAAACUAGGGUUUUGUUAAAAUCCUUGGCAGAUAUGUAUAUGCUGCUACAGUAUUAGAUCGUGUUCCCCAUACAAAAUUCGGAUUUGGGGUUCUGACGUUUUCCGCUGCUUAUACGUUACAUCAAUCGAGAAGAAAUUAGGGUUUUGAUUCUGUUUCCUUGAAAAAUUGAAUUGGAGGUUCUGUCUACGGUUUUAAUGGGGGAUCAAUCGCCACAGAACACAAUGAAUCUUGACCUAAAUUUAGGACCUGUCGUUCAUCCUUCCCCAGAUGAUCAACCACAUGCUAUGAGCUUUGAAGAUUGGCUACUCGGGUCUAUGAGGGAAGUGGUUUCUAAUCGCCCUAUGGGUAGGCAGAGAUUGCGAUCAGUUUGGAGACAUAUGCCUGUUUCCAUGGAAGCUAGAAACACCUCUCUAGGGUUGACAGAUGAUGAUGACGACGAAGAACAGCCUCAAGAUAUAAUCAAAACAAACGAAAAUGGUGAUAAGUACUUAGAAAACGAGGCUAUGGGAAACACAAAUCUUGAAAAGAACAAUGGAAAUGAAGGCAGCUUUUUCGAUUGUAACAUAUGUUUGGAUUUAGCAAGUGAGCCUGUAGUCACUUGUUGUGGACACCUUUUUUGUUGGCCAUGUCUUUAUAGAUGGCUAUUUGUUCAUUCCGAUUCAAAAGAAUGUCCAAUUUGCAAAGGAGAAGUAACAAUGAAAACCAUAACUCCAAUUUAUAGCCGUGGAAAUCGAACACGUGUAAACAAAGAAAUCAUCGAUUCAAAUCUCAAGAUUCCAAAUAGACCACAAGCAAACAGAAUAGAAAGCUGGAGACAAGCUAUUCAAAGAAACACACUCAAUCUCCCAAUGUUUGAAAUGAUUCGAAGGCUCGAUAAUCGAUUCGAUUUAACUUCUGAUAACACACAAGAACCUUCAAAUCAUUCAUUGUUAAAUAGAAUCUUCACUUCAAGAGGGAUGCGAAGGGGUUUAGAUCCAGUAACUGCCGCCCCGGAACAUGCCACCGUGGACCCGCAUCCACACCCGCCACGUGGCGGUAGUUUGAAUUCUGUUGAGGGUUUUGUUGAAUCAUAUGAGAGGAAUCUUGAACAGAUUCCAUUAAUGGAAGAUAGACAUUCAAUGUCGAGUAUUGCUGCUGUGAUACAAUCUGAAAGUCAGACUGAAACAGAUUCUAGGGUUUCUGUGUCAACGAGUUCAAGAAGAAGAUGUGAAUCAUCAAGUUCUAGGGUUGAAGAUGUUAAUAGUGGAGAGUCUCGUUCUAGAAGGAGGAGAUUGCAGUGAAAUGAGAAAAGGGUUUUGUUCAAAACUUUGAACAUCUUUGACUUUGAGUGAGUGGGUUCUGAAUCUAUGUUAAAAGAUGUGUUUUUAACUUUUUUUUUUUUUUUUUUUUUUUUAUAUAUAUAUAUUUGUUUUGUGCAAUUUGAUGCUUAAAAACAUUUUACUCUUUUAAGAGUUUUCUGCAAUUAGAUGGUGCUUUGAGUUGUGUUGGAAUGGUGUUAAUGUUUUAUGUAUAGGUAUUAUGACUAUUAGUUUUCUCAUGAUAUGAUAUUAAACUUUUUAUUCGA